GUGGCCAUUCAUUCCUCGACGGCGAAUCCUCUUCGUCUGGCCGUAACCACUUCAUCACGCCUCAGCGGCCCGCUCACUCAUCCCAUUGGUAGAAAUGCCCGACUCAGCUCCUGGCCAUGCCGCCCGGCCAGAGGACGCCCAGUGCUACAACUGCGGCGCCUCGGGGCAUUGGGCGAUUGCCUGCCCGGAGCCCACGCGAGAGACCCCAGCCGGCCUCGCGGCUUGGAGAAGCACCAAUAACAUGGGCAAGGGGAGCAACAACAGGGACCAGCACGGCGGGUCCAAGAAGUCCAAGGGCCCCAUCAUCACCAAAUAUGCCCCUCCGCCUCCUCCAGGACCGACGGUGAACAGAUACGGGCCUCCGCCGGGCUAUGGGCAGCCGUCGGGGCCGUACCCCGGAUCGGCUCCCCCGUUUCCUCCACAAUAUCCUCCCCACUCGGCGCCGAUUCCCAACUACGCGCCCAGCUACCCACCACAGAGCUACCCUCCACAACCUUAUCCUCCACCUCCAUACGGAAACCCACCUCACUCAGCUCUUCCCCCUGGGCCUCCUCCAGGACCAUACGGCUUGCCGCCUCAUCCACAUCUCCCGCCUCACCCGUCACAUCCAUCCCACCAACAACGCCCACCUCACCCACCACAUCCACCUCACCAGCCGCACCCACCUCACCCGGCGGGACCUCCAUCCUCAUAUCCUCCGGCAUAUGGUCCUCCUCCGACCACCCAACCGCCUCAGCAAUAUGGAUCUCAGCCGCCCUACGGCUCCUCCUACCCUCAGCCUUACUCCUAUGGAUCACAUCCCCAACCGUCAUACCCUCCGUCAUAUACUCCGCCGCCUGCACCUCCAGCAUAUGGGCUACCCCCUGCUCCGAGACCUGGUCCACCCCCAGGGCCGUCCUCACGUCCACUUUCGGGAUCACCACCCCUCUCUCGUCAUGGUCCUCCAUCAAUAUCAACGUUGCCUGUCCCCGGUAGGAGUCACCCCUCUCUCCCACCAAGACCUCCUCAAAGCAAUCGUAAUGUUCACGAGCCCCCACGAGAUCGCAAUAAAAAGAAGCAUGAUCGCCACAACCGCAACCGGGAUAAUCGACAAAAGAAACCCCCUUCUCAUCCACGACCUCCGGAUCAAAAGGUGGCGGCGCGCAACCAUCGAACUGAUUACGAGGCUCCACAUGCCUCAAACUCCCCCGCUACUCCCCUACCUCAUGAGCAGCCACCGCAAAAGACACCCCCAAAGACGAUCCCCGAAAUUCCCAAGAUUCCCGAGAUUCCUGAAAUCCCCAAAAUUCCCGAGAUUCUGGAAGUCCCUGAAAUUCCCGAAAUCCCUGUAACAGCACCGGGUCAGAAAAGUUACAACGCCGCGGAGCCCCAGGCUGAACCACCAACCAAGGUAGACGGACCUCCCAAAGAUCCAUCCGAGACCGAAGAAGGCGAAUGGGAGGAGAGAGCGCUUCCCAAAGAGCCCGAAGCCACCCAUAUUCCCGACGAGGCUGCAAGGCCUUUGCCAGCAAACCACUCCCCGCAAGUGUUGCUUCCAAGAAAGCGGGAUGCAAACUGCACCGAAUCACAAUUCGUCAAGCCAGGCGAUCUUGAGGAAUAUACCAAACCAAUCUAUGAGAAACCCUACCAUACCGCGAUCCAAUUGGACCCCAUCGCACAGGAUGGCAAGCUAUCGGGUGGCGAUCCUUUACCAAAGGUCCCCAUUGGAGGCACCCAAGUUGACCGGAGCAGCUCUGAGAGUGGAGACGCAAGUGAACAGCGUCGGAAACAUGGGCAUGCCAGGGACCAUACUCCUGAGGACAGACCUUCUAAGCGACAAAGAUCCAACAGCCCCGCAAACCAUAGCCCCGGAAGCACCAGAGACUACGAUAUUCCGGAGAAGCUUCGAGACAGCUUUAGACCUCGAAGGCGAAAAGUACACCGCUCGGAUGACUCCGACAAGCGUAGCACAGAUGUACCUACCACGACGCAUCGACGGACACCAGAUCGAAUGCAGUCGUACGAGCGCGAGCCAAGCCGCAGCAGGUCUCCCUCGUCCAGAAGAUCGUCCGUUUCCAAUGCCUCUUCUGGCCUGGAUUCCCUAGAGGCUGAACUCCUUGGUCGCCCCGACAAAGCAAAGUCCCCCGAAGAUAUCAACAAGCGCCGCCAGUCCAGCGGCAAUAGUAAUAAACCCAAGAAACGUCAGCCCAGGCUCGAUUCGGCGUACAGCCGUCGUUGGUGAAGAACCUGUUCGCCAUUGUGCAACGGGAUAUACAUGCUGCAGGCGCGUCUGGUUAUGAAUUUCUUUUCUCUUCACAGCAUGUACACUGCUGUUUCCAUCCCUUCACGCACACCCUGCGGUCCCUACAUGCUGCAUUUAAUCCCUGUAAAAUGGGCUAAACGUUGAUGCACUUGCUGUGUCAUUUCUUCUCCUUCUAGAGUCAUGACUUGUCUUCAACUCCUUUUCUUACUUGGGACCGGCGCUCAGGUCUUAUAUACUCUCUACCUAUCUUAACGAACGUCACGACCAAUAUGCAUGGCUGGCCUUUAUCAAAUAGCAUUCACGAGGUAUGCGUGAAUAGAUUCUUACUCUUAUCCGCCUCUCACUUGUCCCGCUUCGGGCAUAUCUUCCUACUUGCUCCCUGAUGGCCGUGUCGCGGAGAACUCCGUACUGC